AUGAGUGCGAGCUGUGUGAUGACAGAUUUCAAACAAAGCACUAGGUCGGCGGUACAAGUAAGGGCAAUCCCGGGGGUUGCCACAAUGCAGCGGUUCCUGGUUUUGUCCCUGCGGGCCUCGGGAGGGACACCGGUGGCCCUGAGCUCCCUCCCAGAAGAGCCUGGAUCUACUGAUACUGCUGAAAUCCCAGCUCUCACUGCUGUAGAUGGAGUCCCAGCCUCUGCCGCUGGCCCGGCGGGGCUGGUGGCUGCUUGCUCGAUGGCCAUGGAGCGAUACGCGCCUCCGUCUUCUGCGCCGUCUGACCCGAACGACCCGUCGGCUGGCCAGCAGCAUCCGGAUCAGCAGCAGUAUCCUUAUCCUGAUGAGCGGCAGCUCCUAGAGGAGCUGCUGGGCUAUAUGUCGUACCGGAACGGUACAGGCAGUACACCUGUUGAUGAAACAUCAAACUCAGAGGAGGAGGAGGAGGAGGAGGAGGAGGCGAAGGUAUCUGGAUCUGCCGAUGUGGAAGUGGAUUUGAACACGGAGGCGAAGGAGUCUGGGGCUGGUGCGUCAGAGGAGGAGAAGUCAGGCGGGGGGGUGUCGGAGCUGGCACUGUCACCGUCAGGAUCGCAGCCUCCGCUGCCGCCGGCUCAGCGACCUUACCCAUGGCGCAGCGGUGCCGUACAGCAGCCGCCGCCGCGGCGUCGCAAGCGACGGACAUAUAUUCCAGAGGAGGCGGAUCCAGGGGAUGGAGCAGCGGCCGCGGCGACUCCGCCGCCACCGCUACAACUGGCGGCGUAUGCCGAAGUGCCGUUGCCGCCGCCGCCAUCGUUGCCGUACCCUGCUACGGCCGCCGCCGCUACGGCAGCGGACGCCCAACUACACGCCCACCUAGAGCGGGUUGCGGACUCCCUGAUCAAGCGCCGCUGCACUGUGCCCAUCGACGAUCCGUUGGUGGCGUUGUACGGCAGCGUGAACCGGGAUGCCGUACAACUCUGA